CCGUGAAGGCAGCUCCGCUUCACGGCAGACGGAGCAGAAAACACGGAGGGACUCUGCCGGAGCUCGUCGCAGGAAACACGCUACUGAAUCCCCCAAAGAAUUCCUCCAACGAGUGUCUAUGUAGUCAGCUGUUACGUGAACUCCUGGUCAGUCGGGGUAUGGACUCUUUUCAGGGAUGAAGGAUUCCUAUCUGUCACCCAGAGCCACAUGCUGACCAGUGAUGGGAAAAUCUGACCUGCCGCAGUGCCCAUCAGCUCCCCUGAGAUGACCCCAGGAGAAGUGAAAUGCAGAUGACAGUGUGAGCCAGGGGAAUUCAUCAUCUGGGCCAAGAUCUCUUCUCACGGAGGCAGAAAGAAACCUGUUCUUAGCUGAUACAAAAAAACAUAGACUCACACACACUCACUCCCAAUCAGCUGUGGCCAUGCUGAUGCCAGGACCACUGUGGGCGUGCCUGGCACUGAUGUGGGUAGAAAGCUGCAGUGCCCACAGCCUGUUUACCUGCGAGCCCAUCCAUGUGCAUCGGUGCCUAGGGAUGCCCUAUAACAUGACCUUCUUUCCCAACAUGAUGGAGCACUACGACCAGGAUAUUGCAGCCAGUCAGAUGGAGCCAUUCAUGCCGCUGGCGAGCCUGCGCUGCUCUCCAGACGUCCACCACUUCCUGUGCCAAGCCUUUAUCCCAGCAUGCACCGAGGAGAACAAGGUGAUCCGUCCAUGCAGAGAGCAGUGCCAGAGCGUUCUGUCUGACUGCGAGAAGGAUAUACAGGUCUUUGGUGUCACCUGGCCUCCUGAGCUACAGUGUGACAAAUUGGACCCAUGUGGCUUUCCUGAUGGUUCUGCAACUCCUGUAACCACCCCAAUGACCUCUUCAUCAUCCAAGAGGGACCUUGGCUUCUGGUGUCCACUGCAGCUGAAGACCAAGCCAGGUCAUGGAUCAUCAUUCCUGGGUGCCCAGGACUGUGCUCCCCCUUGCUCCAACAUGUACUUCAAACCCCACGACAUUGAAUUUGCCAAGAGCUUCAUCGGCGUGUGCUCCAUCAUCUGCUUGGGCGCCACGCUCUUCACCUUCCUGACUUUUCUCAUCGACGUCAAGCGUUUCCGCUACCCAGAGCGCCCCAUAAUCUUCUACGCCGUCUGCUACAGCUUUGUCUCGCUCAUAUACUUCAUUGGUUUCCUGCUGGGGAACAAUGCAGCCUGUACCAAAGCGUCUCAUCCUACCGGUGUGGAUACAGUGGUGCUGGGUUCUCAGAGUAAAGGCUGCACUCUGCUUUUCAUGCUGCUCUACUUCUUCUCCAUUGCCGGUAUAGUCUGGUGGGUAAUACUUACCAUCACCUGGUUCUUGGCAGCUGGACCCAAGUGGAGCUGUGAGGCCAUAGAGAAGAAAGCGGUGUGGUUCCACUCUGCUGCAUGGGGGAUCCCCGGGGCGUUAACCGUUAUGCUGCUGGCCCUGAACAAGGUUGAAGGGGACAACAUCAGUGGAGUUUGCUUUGUGGGGCUGUACGACCUGGACGCCCUGCGCUACUUUGUUCUGGCUCCUCUGUGUGUGGGCGUCAUCGUCGGCCUCUUCCUCAUCCUGGCGGGCAUCGUUUCUCUCAACAACGUCCGGCAGGUCAUCCAGCACGACGAGCGCAACCAGGAGAAGCUGAAGAAGUUCAUGAUCCGCAUCGGCGUCUUCAGCGGCCUCUACCUGGUCCCGCUGGUCACCCUCUUAGCCUGCUACACCUACGAACAGAGCCACCGCACCACCUGGGAGAAUACCUGGAUCAACGACCAUUGUCAAGAGUACAGCAUCCCCUGCUCCGCCAAGACAACAGAGCUCGACCGCCCUGACCUCUCCCUGUUUCUCGUGAAGUAUUUAAUGACGCUGGUGGUUGGAAUAUCUGCAGUGUUCUGGGUCAGCAGCAAAAAGACCUGCUCUGAGUGGGCCUACUUCUUCAACAGAACCCGCAAGAGAGAUCCGAUCAGUGAGAGCCGCAGAGUGCUGCAGGAGUCCUGCGAGUUCUUCCUCAAGCACAACAGCCGCGUCCAGCACAAGAAGAAGCACUACAAGCCGAGCUCCCACAAGCUAAAGGUCAUCUCCAAGUCCAUGGGCACGAGCACUGGCGCCGCACCCACCAAUCCCUCCACCGCCGCCACAAUAACCAAUCAAGGAACCUCUGUGCUGGGCAACCAUGAGCCCCAUAUGCAAGGUUCUCUGUCUGAGGCCUCAGCCAGGGAGCACCUGGACAGGGGCACCUCCAGCCGAAACUCCCGGAGGGGGGAGAGGGAGAGGGAGAGGGAGGUGGGAGAAAGACGUAGCAAAGGCGGGAGCUCCAGUAAGAUCAGCAGCCACUCAGGGAGCAUACUCAGAGUCCCUGAUGGGAGGAUGACUCCCAGGAGCGAGCUGUCAGAGGUCAGGCAGGUCCCCAGUGGACAGCAGCAUCCAGCUUUAAACCUAUCACACAGCAGCAGCAUCCAAGACUCCACCCACCAGCUGGUGCACCGGGUGCCUGAGGAGAGCAAGGACACAAAGGACAGCAGCUGCUGAGACAUCUGAACCCAAAAUUUAUCUGUGCGUCCAUCCAUCCAUCCAUCCUUGAAACCACUCAUUCAUGUAUCCGUUUCAAACCCAUCCAUGUUAUAUGUCAUAUAAGCUUCAUACGUCACAUUAUGAUUGUAUCAGCUACAUUGUAGUCAGUGAAUGUUCAUCUCCAGCAAAUUGUCCAAUACCUUGAGUAUUUCAGACGUAGUGUGUUCAGAAUGUGUGCGUUUCAGCAGAGAGAGGAACAGAGUUGGAUUGUUUUAGUUACGGUGACAGCUGUGUCUUUGAGCUUUACUGAGUUUCUGGCCUCAUACCUGAAUGUUGCAGCAGCACAGCUGUUUUCCACCUAUCCGUCUACCAAUGGUCAUUCAUUUUUUAUAGCAUGCAUUAAAAACUUUAGGUCUUCUGUUUUGUAGAUUGGUAGCUCUAUGACAGAAUGCAUACCAGUAAAGAAAUGCAAUAUUUAUGUAAAUAUUCUAUUUUUCAGAAAUGAAGUCUUUCACUGGACUAGUCACGACACUGAGUGUUACGUUAAGAAAGGUCACUAUAUUGCCAAACAUUCUUCCUGUGGUAAACUAUUUUUUGAAUGUCUUGUUGUCCUUCCUGGAAAGAUGGUUUCUCUUCAAACCUCAUGUUGUAAAACACACAGUGUGCUACUUUAUUGCUCCUUUUGAAAAAAAAAGGCAUACUCUUAAACUUGAUAUAGCUGAUUUUUACACAAUGUUGAAUUUUUGAUUUUCUUUCUUUGAGUUUCUGUUGCACAAACACUUAUGGUGCAGAGGUGUCUUCAAAAAAGUGUCCUGUGGAUCUGGAUAAAGCUUUAUAGUUUUCUACAAGAACGUGCCUUUCCUUUAAGUAGCUCUUCAUCUUCAAAGAAUCUCAAAGAACCUCCAGAUGUUUUGCAUGUGUGACGUCUACCCGUGUUCUCAGCAUAACUUAACAUGAUUUUGAGUCAGAUUGAGGCAACAUAUCAAACAGGCUUUGCACUAUUUGUCAUUAGAAGCACAGACCGCUAAUUCUUAAGAACAAAUAGUCAUAAACGAAUGCAAAAAGAGAGAAUUUGGGGCUUUUUUCAGGGCUUAUUUAUAACAUAUGGGUCACAGACCAUAUAUUUCUUUUUAAGUACUUCCAGCGCACCUUCUGUGAAUUAUUUGAAAAUCUGUCAUGCUGUACUGUCUACUGUCUUUACCUUUUAUAUUUGGGA